AGACAAAGGAAGUACCGUGUGGACAGGGGAAGAUAAAGUGGAGAUUGAGGUGUGUUCCGACAAGCCAGAGGACGAAUACGAGGAACGUUCAAAAUUCGAAGAGCGUUAUUACGCGCUGAUGGCGCAAGCGCGCAAUCUGCUGUGCAGAGAUGGUGCAGCAGAUGACGGCCGCUCUGUUGCAGGUUCGAUAUGCAAACAAGCAGCUAUGGUGAAAGUGAUUGACGACAACGGCAACAGCAUGGACGCACGGCUUCUACUCGAUAACGGCAGUACGGCAAAUUUUAUAACGCAGUCGCUUUGCAGUAAACUAAAAUUAUCUACACGUUCCGUUACAAACAUGAAGGUGGAGCAUUUGCAGCGUUAUCAAAGAAUCAAUUAUAUAAAGCAGCAUUUUUGGAAGCGGUUUUCUAAAGAAUACGUCUCUUUACUUCAAACAAAAACUAAAUGGUUCCAUUCAACAGGACAACUAUCUGUCGGAACUCUUGUAUUAUUGAAGGAAGCAGGUCAACCUCCUCUACUGUGGCCAUUGGGACGAGUCACCAAAAUUUAUCCUGGCGUCGAUGGAGGCUCAAGAGUGGCAGAACUAAAGAUGAAAGGAAAAACUGUUCUACGGAGCUACAAAAACAUCUGUCCUCUUCCCUUGGACUAGAACCUUCUCGUCACUCUGCUACCACAACUCUUCCAUUACAACCACUUACAUCUGUUUCUUCACAGCCGUGGGCCCAUCACACUGCUUCUUUGAACAAAGGUGUUCAACCCGGGGAGGAUGUUCGCGCCCGAGAUGCGGGCAACACUAUAAGCGGGCGGAGCGGCGUGCGGGUGAAGAAACGUCACUCAAAAUCUCAACCGGCUGCCGAUGCAUACGCGCACCGUAUAAUUUGUCUUUUUGCAACUUUGUUAAUUCCAAAAUAAACCAUUACAAC